AACAAAAAAAAACCAGAAAAAAAAACACACAAAGAAAUCAAACCAGAAGCGAGCAAAGAGGAGGGAGGAUUUCCCUCUUCUUAUCUACUUAAUCCCCGCUCAGAAAUUUUCAAGUUUAGCUUCAAAAUCCUUAAUCUUUCUCUUCUCCUUCUCUGUUUCGAAACCCUAAAUCAACCUCCAAAGUUGAUUACUUUACUGUUGGGGAAGCCAUGGAUUCCGGCGACCCGACAGCCUUGCUUUUAACGAAAAUCAGAAGCUUGGAGCCAGAUUACGCUCCUAAGAUCAUCGGAUAUCUUCUUUUACAGGAUUUCGAGGAGAAAGACUUGAUGCAUCUGGCUCUUGGACCUGAAUCACUCCUUCAAUCCGUUAUUCUGAAAGUGAAAAGUCAGUUGGGACUUUCUUCACCUUCUACUCCGCCGUCUCCUUCUCCGUUGAACCCUAUUUCCCGACCACCCAUUAACGGAAGAGGAGUAAGCUCUCACUCUAAUGGGUUCGUGGAUUUCCGUAGAAAGUCCCCAUCUUCUCCUUCUACCACCUCUCCUUGGUCUCUCAACACUGUGAACCCUAACAAUGGGAGCAACGCCAACAUUUCCCCCAAAAACACACCUUUGCUUUCGCUCGACGGUGCUCGUACUACACCGAUCUCGAAACCCUUGAGCUCUCAUCAAAGCAACGGACUUUCUGCUGCAGAUGCUGGUGCUGACGCUGCUGAUUUACUGGAUGAUCAGCAGCUAAGUGAUUACCUUUCAUUUCUAGACGAUUCCUGUUCCAAAACCGAGGAUGUUGUAGAUUCCAGGAUUCCUUUGGACUACGAUGGCGAGACCCAUCUGCACCACAGGAGGAGUUUCUCGGCAGAUGCGUCUUUUGGGUACGGAGAGGAUGGAUUUGGUGCUGGAUGCAAACCUUGUGUUUAUUUUAGUCGAGGGUUGUGCAAGAACGGAGAAGGCUGCAAGUUUGUCCACGGAGGAUAUCCGGAUAACGUUGAUGGUAAUGGCAUUGUCGCUGAUUCGCCUACGAAAAUUGAAAACUUUGUCAGGCAGCGCGAGGAGCUGAUGAGGUUGAAAAUAGCUUACCAGCACCAGAGGCUUGCUUCUCAAAUCCUUGGCAGGGCUCCCCAGUUGCCAAUGCCAUACGAGAAGAGAAUGGAUUUUCUCUUGCAUCAGCAUGCUCAUAGAGAUGGUGGACUACCUUUUGGUGAUGAAAGAUAUUGGAGCAGCAGCCCAGGACGGCUUGAGAGGAUGGAACUAAUGGCAAUGCAUUUUGGUGAUCAGUCUAGCUCGGCAUCUAGACAGAUUUACUUGACAUUCCCAGCUGACAGCACGUUUAAGGAUGAGGACGUUGCAACUUAUUUCAGCCUUUUCGGUACAGUGCAAGAUGUGCGGAUCCCAUACCAGCAGAAGCGUAUGUUUGGCUUUGUUUCAUUUGCCCAUCCUGAGGCUGUGAAGGUUGUACUAGCUAGAGGAAACCCCCACUUCAUUUGCGACUCACGUGUACUUGUCAAACCUUACAAAGAAAAAGGCAAAGUGUUGGACAAGAAGCAGCAGCAUUUGCUACAACAGCAGAUUGAGCGUGGAGUUUACUCCCCAUGUUCCAGUCCAUCUGGGAUUGAUCCUAGAGAACAGUCUGAUUUCCAUGUUGGUUCGAAGAUGUUCUAUGAGAGGCGGGAGAUGAUGAGAAGGAAAAUGGAGCAGGCUGAUCUGCAGAGGGCUAUUGAAAUUGAAAGAAGACGCUUCAUUAAUUUGCAGCUUCCUGAGUUCAAGAACAGUGUAGUGCCUAAUCAUCACCGUAGCUUUUCUGUGGGGUCUCCUGGUUAUUUUUCAUCUGCCAGCAACCAAAGCCCUGAUUUUCAAUCUGAACUCACUGGUGCCGAUGCUUUAGAAGUUGAUGACACCUCAGAGCUGCAUCCUUACUCGGCAAUCAAUAACAAUAAUUACUCAAAUGGUGCAAAAGAAGGGACCAACAAGAGCGAAACGCUUGAACCCGACACCGGAAGCACUAUAGAGCUUGUGCUGCCUAGUAACCUCUUCCCUUCAGCAACAUCUACCGAUGAUCACGAAACCGAUGAUUCUGCUGAAACUAAUGCAAAAACUGGAGUCUCCUCUACUAAUGGAAAUGACCAUGAACCACCAGCCACCACCAGUAACCUGAUGCAGUAGGCUAUUUCACCUCAUAAAUGCCAAGGGUUUUUUUUUCUUAUGGAUAAGAUGAGGCUACCGAAGUGUAUGUAAUAAAGAUAAAGUAAAAAAGCAUACACAAGGAAGUAGGAUGAUGUAUAUGUAUAGCUAAGUUAUAUAUAUAUGGAGAACAGAAAGAAGGUAGGAGAGAUGAUAAUGUCGUAUGAAGAUCGAAAGUUUCCUCAGGUGAUACUAUCUAUACUACUAACAAGUGGAUGCGUAAGAUAUACUUUAAAAAAGACAGAGACGAAUCUAUAUCGUAACUUUCUUUUGGUGCUUUUAUUUCUCUUUUGCUUCUUGUACUCGAUUGCUCAUGUGGUUGUUCCGGUUUGUGUGGGUAAUAAACCACAAGAGUCUAUGAUGUACCAAGAAGAAUAGAAAUUUCUGUAACAUUAUAUAUAUUAAGCCGUUUUAGAGUA